AUGAAUGUUGUGUCUCCAUUGCGCAAUUGUAGAGUUACUGUUCCAGAAAAUUCGGUUACACCCACACCGGCAGAAGAUUCCGAAACAAAAGUCGCUCCCAAGCCAGGCUCCACAAUUACUGGUACAGACCUUACAGAGCCCUUACAGAUGGAGGAGGGAGAGAAAGCCGAAGGAGAGGAAGAAGAUGACAGUAUGCCACCGAAUUUGGGCACACCGCAUCACGACUCUCCUGCACCUGAGAUGCCUCUUCUCCAAGCUGGUAACGGACGUCCAGAGGACGUUCGUCUCUGGACUGUAGAUCACGUGGCUGACUGGUUGCGUGAACAGGGCGGCUUCGAGAAGGAAGCUGAGGCGUUUCGACACCAAGACAUAGACGGCACCUCUUUAUUACUGCUGAAGAGUAUGAGUCUUCUCACUGGUGUUGGAAUCAAAAUGGGUCCAGCAAUAAAGAUUUGUGACCGUAUCAAACAUCUGCAGCUCCUCCAGGCUCGGGUGGAGUCGAGGAGUGUUGGAUGA